GGAGGGGGGGGGGGGGAAGCAUUUGGAUGUGAGACUAAUAAAAAAAAAAGAGAGAUAGCAGGAUCUAGAUCUGUUGAUUGACCGGGCUUCAGGGGGGAGAAGGGGGACCAGUCACUGGACCUUUGGCCAUUUUUUGCGGAGGAAUUCUUUUUUAUUAUUAUUUUCUUUUUAAAUUUUCCUUUCACCCUUUCUACCUACGGACAGAGGAGGCUAAAAGGGAGAUCAAGAGAAGAGGGAACACCAGGUUGACGCUGCUGUGCGUGGGGGGGUUGGGGGGGUGGGAGAGAAAAAAUGCUGCCCUCGCAAGAAGCCUCCAAAAUCUACCAUGACAACUACAUGCGAAACUCCAGGGCCAUCGGGGUCCUGUGGGCAAUAUUCACCAUCUGCUUGUCCAUCAUCAACGUGGUGGUCUUUAUCCAGCCCUACUGGAUCGGCGACAGCGUCAACACCCCCCAAGCCGGCUACUUCGGCUUGUUCCACUACUGCGUGGGCAACGGGAACUCCAACCGGGAGCUCUUGUGCCAGGGCAGCUUCUCCGACUUCAGCUCCAUCCCAUCGGGAGCCUUCAAGGCGGCCUCGUUCUUCGUGCUGAUGUCCAUGGUGCUCAUCCUCAGCUGCAUCGGCUGCUUCGCCCUCUUCUUCUUCUGUAACACCGCCACGGUCUACAAGACGUGCGCCUGGAUGCAGCUGCUAUGCGCCGUGUGUCUGGUGCUCGGCUGUAUGAUCUUUCCAAAUGGCUGGGAUGCCGAGGUGAUCCGGGACAUGUGCGGAGAGGACACAGGGAAGUACACCCUGGGCAACUGCUCGGUGCGUUGGGCCUACAUCCUGGCUAUCAUCGGCAUUCUGGACGCCCUGAUCCUCUCCUUCCUGGCCUUCGUGCUCGGCAACCGGCAGAGCGACUUCCUGCAGGAGGAGCUGAAGGCUGACAACAAAGAUUUCGUUGUGUCAAGGCUCCAUCUUGGCUCCUCUCUACGAAUGGACGGAAUCGAAAUCCGGGACACCAAGGAUCCAAGAUUUGGAGUCCAGCGGUUCCACUGAGGCCCUCCCUUUCCUUCUUUUCCAGUUCCCUCCCUCCCUCCACCAGCUGUCCUUCUCUUGCUUCUCCUCUCCUCUCCUACGCUCUUCAGGUUAAACACUUGAUCUGGGCUUGGAGGCCAGAGCCCAGCAGUUUGUAAAACAGGACAGAAUUGGAAUCACCUAACAAAGGCAAACUCUGUCUGUUGGAGGAGAUACAUCCUCAGAGGAAGUAUGAGCUUUAUCAAACUCUGGGAUACCAUCAUUAAUAACGUACAGUGUUACUGUCUCAUAACGUUGUUAUAACAAACUUAUUGAUAAUGAUAAUAAUGCUUGCAGUGGGAGUAUUCUAUGAAAAUAUACAUAUUUUUAUUGAGUGGUGAAAAGCUAUUUCCAGCUUUAAAAGUAACAUUAUAAAGUGCGUAUGUAAAAGCACACAGGUGCUACUUCUGACAUAACAAAAACAAAAAAAAGAACAAGGAAAAAAGAUAAUUUUGUACAGCAACAGUGGAAUUUUCAAGUCUUUUUCAGGCCAAUUUUCAACUGCUCUUUGUAUAUGACAAGGUCUGAUCCCAGGAAGAACAAAAAUAAAACAUGUAUGUAAAUGAGAUGUUUCUAUGGAAACAGGGUAAAAAGAGACUCUUUUAAGCUUUCUUUUAUUUGCCCCAAUACAUGAAACAUCCCUUUAAGCUGUGGAAUAGUACAGCGUGCUUCAUUGUCAUGAAAAACAAAGCUUGGAUUCCACUUGUUUCAUAACCCUGUGUAAUUUUGAGCCACCAGUCAUCCUCCAGUCCACUCCACUGUUAAAGGACAAGCUGAGAGGCAGAGAAAUGUCCUUUCUGUCCCUAACCAUUUCAUUCCUUCACUUUUCACUACAUUCCAACAUAAUAUCAUGGGAUGGAGUAUAAAUAGCACGCCACAUUUAAAGGUCCAGUGGAUUCAGUCCAUUUAGGAGGAUCUAUUGUCAGAACUGGAAUAUAAUAUUCAUAGGUAUGUUUUCACUAGUAUAUAAUCACCUGAAAAUAAGAAUAGUUGUAUUUUUGUUACCUUAGAAUGAGCUGUUUUAUCUACAGAGGGAGUGUGUUCUCUUCUACAGAGUCCGCCAUGUUUCUACAGUAGCCCAGAGCAGACAAACCAAACACUGGCUCGAGAUUGCGCCAUUUGUUUUUUCUCCUACACACUUGGAAGGAGAGAGUGAGGCGAAGGUGUGGCAAUCUGCCACUAAAUGCUACUAAAUCCUACACUGGUCCUUUAAGGAGUCUACACAAGUUAAGCUUUUCGUGUGUCAUUUAACGCCAUUAGAGAUGAUGCAUUUUUUGACAUGAAGGAAAAGGACAAAGUCAGGUGGCCUUUGUUGGCACGGUGACAGUACUCGUGACUUUGUGAAAUGGUUUGCAGUAUGGUUAGGUUUAGGCAACAAAACUUAUGGUUUGCUUUAAAAUAUGUACAUUACUGAAGUUAUGUAGAUAACAUAAGUGAAAGACGUUAAACAAUACAGCAAGGAAAAACAACAUAGAGCUGGGUGGCAAUGAUGGUAUAUCACAGUGUGUUUUUACUUGCUUUUUCUACUGUCAGCAGAACAUACAAUAUAAAAACAUUUUACAGCCAUCGUGUAUGGUAAAAUGUUCUUUAAAAGGAGGGUCCCAAUUAAAAGCAGUUCCACUUUACUGGCGUGGUGUGGCUCCACAUUUUGACAAAUAAAGGCAGGUCUAAAUGAGAGACCAGGGGCCAGAUAAAUAAAACUAUGUGUAGAAAUCUGUGUACACACAAAACAGGAAACAUGCAUAUGCAAUCUGUUCCCACAUGUUUUUCCCUCAUAUAUCUCAAUCAUCCUGAAAUUGUGAGCACCUGCACGAGCCUUCUGACCUUUCCCACAAUUUACUAUAAAUGACUUGAAACACACCCCCAGUUGCCUGAUUUGCAUAUGAAGGAUCAGCAUAUAGAUACGUUUUGAGGAUAAAUGGUGGAAGCAUUAGAGAAGCAAAUAAGGAAGAAAAAGUGCAUUUUUACAGACUGUAAACUCGAGGUAAUGGUUGAUCAAACUGCAAAAAAAAAAAAAGAAACAGGUACUAUUUGGAUCCUUAAGCUCUGGUACGAACAAUAGAAUGAAGCAAGGGGAAUGGCAGAAGGUAAUGGAGGCAGGGAACAACCUGUUAAUUCAGUGGUUCCCAGCCUUGUUCCCUAAGGGACCUCUUUUCUAUCAUUCAGUAAACUGACUUAGUGACAUAUUUGAUGGAUAUUUCAUAUUAUAUUCAAAACUGUACAAUGAACCCAAACAGUGAACCCAGUAACUGUAUUUGAAGCAGAUUAUUUCCUGUUUAGGGAACUUUGUUUCUGUUUGUUUGUUUGUUUUUUAAUCACUUCUUUUCAUCUUUUUUGACAAUUCAUUAUUUUCUUGUCCCUGAACUUGACCAUUGUUCUAUUAGACAAUUUACUUAAUUAACAAAAGAGAUAUAGGCCUACUAUGUAUAUUUUUUACAUUUCCUAGCAUACCUGAAAAUCAAGGCCUUGCAACCGCCCAUGAAGCUUUGGUGACCCAUAGUGGAUGUCACGACUCCCAGGUUGGGAACCACUGCUUUAUACUAUGUCACCUUACAUUUUUGUCUCUAUGACAUUCAUGUGUAAAAUGACAUGGCAUCACUGCACAAUAUAAGUCAGUGCAAAUGGCAAGAAAUGACACACAAAAAGCAAAAAAGGCGUUCAGACAUUGGUGUGUUAUUCAUACACCGUUUGGUGAUACCAGGCUGUACAUUGUCUUUUCUUUGUGUUUUUAAAGCGUGUUUCCUCCCUCUAAACUCACUCGUCGUGUUCAGUUCUGCUCCAGUCCACCGGGUUUGGUUUGUAUGUUGGCCACCAGGAAAGGCCCUGCAUGCUGCAUCUAUCUCAGGCUUGCAAAAGAUGAGGCUUCCUGUAUACGCCCGGCGGGGCUCGGACUCCGUUCGGUCCAACAGGCAGUCAGCUGCACUAUCCAGGCCCACCAGCUGAAGAGCACAGAGCUGAGAGGGCAGACCCCAGGACAGACUCAUCAAGGCAACAGGCAUCACACACUGUGUGCUGUCCCUGCUCUGAUUCCACACAGGACCCUCUCUAUGGAGCCAGAUCAGUGCUUUCAAAUACAUACAUUUGAAUUUGACAUUGAGUUGCACAAUUAAAUGCAAAGGCUGGAAACAAAGCCAGAAUGGCCCAAAUGUGAUCCUCAUUUCAUUCUACCUUCAGCUACAGUUUUAAAUGUACUUUUCUCAAUUCAGAUUGUGCUGUGACACACAAAUCUGGAGGAAGAAAGUACAGAACCAAUCAAACAGCACUGAGCUGCAAGUUGGCGCCAAGCAGGUGGGAACAAAUGCAGAAAGUAGGGUGCAAGGCAGCUUUUUGUUAUGCCUUCACUUGGUUUGGUAGCUUCAUGGCUAAAGGCGUAUUCACAUUACAGUGGAAAAGUGUUGUUCGCCACAGUAUGUUAGCCUGAGAACCAGACGCUUGGGACAUUUAUUCUGGCAGAGGCGUUUGGCCCCCCUCCCAUUCAAACUGAAUUCCACCCAUCCUGGAUCUGUGCAAAUCACAACCUAAAUGAUUAUGGGGCGGGUUUUAUAUGAUUGACAGAGCAGCAUCACCAGUCCAGAUUUGAAUAGUCACAUGUUUCUCUGAUUGAUUGUAGGUCUAUCUCUUGGACAUAUAUAAAGAUGGGCGACAUGACAGCUCUCUAACAGUGACGCAAAAGCAUCUAAAUCAUCCUUUGGAGGCUGAGUGUUAAUUUCUCUGACAAGUUUGGUGUUAAUGAGUUAUUUGAAGCUGAAAGGGGGUUUCAUGUCAUGAUUGACAGCUGAGCCCUGUUUGCGAUUGAGUCAGCUGAUAUGGGCGGGAUCUCGAUAUGUCACUAAACCCCGAUCACUAGUACACAGACUCUGUCUCGAAAUGGCGAAAGAUGGCAGCCACCGUAUUCAGGAUAUUUUGGCUUCAUUUUUGUACAGUGGGAGGGAGUGGAGUGGUUCAGUCUGCUGCACUUAAUAACGCCAACAUUCUAAUUUGAAUUUGUCUGCCGAUACCGGGCCAGCAGUAUUUACUCCUCCGGACCUAAACUACAGUGCUAAUGUGGCUAGCAGCAGAUCGCCACAUUUCUGAGACUCAGAAAUCAAUCUUUGUAAUAAAUCUGGUAGCUGCAUCCAAUAUCUUCUUUGUCUGGUCUCAGUAUGAGGUCAGUUUGUUCUGGAGAAUCAGAAACCACUUUUCAGUUCAAGCUGUGCUCAACAAUGAUUAUCUGUGCAGCUCGGGUCAAAGGGCAACAAAUUUUAACUUUUUGGCACCGCAGGCACAAAAGCUGUUUUUCCGCAAUAAUGUGAAUAAACAGAGUUUCUGCAGGUUUCAACAGGUUAAAUUUAAGACCUUUUUAAAACCAUUUAAAAUGCAAUUUAUGCUAUUUUAGGUACAAACUGGCAAAACAAAUGCUAAGAAGCAUAUUAAGGAAAAUCUGUAUUGGAUCCAUGUCAGGUUCCUUUUGUAGCAUGAUCAAUACAAAUUUCCCAAAAACACGUUUAAAAGUGAGACUGAAAAAUGCAGCUUUACACAAAUAAUGUUAACUUCAUUAAUCUAAUAAAUUGUGUCAAACAUGUCAAAAUCAUAUUUAAUGAUUAUAUAUAGUGAAAGUUUUUAGCAAUUAAUUUAUUGAGAUUAUCUGUCUCAUGUAAAAUGACCUACUGCUGCUUUAAAUGAGAAUUUAAAUGGAGUUUAAAAUACAGCGAUCACAUGUGAUUUCAACAGUACUUUUUUUAAAGUUAACUUCUUUUAAAGAAUAUUUUUGAAUAAAGAAUUUCUUUAAGCACUGAAAUUCUGAUCGACACAAAUAAAAUCUCUUUCGUUUCUUUUCCACAUGUAGCCAAGCACAAUAAAUACUGAAGUCCAACAUGCAGUACUGAGUAAAUGGCAAUGUGUAUCCCUUACAGCACUUUAUCUCAGCAUGAUACACAACAUACAGUUCUUCUUUUUGACUGUUUUAAAUGUUCCCAUCUAGUCAGUUCUAAGUCAUUUUCUGAGCCAUGCCCCUAAUUUAAAGUCCUGAAAUUCUCAUGACCCCAGCUGGACAGCUGUUAUGUGAUUUUUGAGAAUGACAUACUUUUGUUAUAUAUUUCAAAAGCAUGGAAGGACAUGGAAAUAAUCAUACAUUUCAAACAUAUUUUUUGUUGUUCAGUUUGAUGGUGUCCUCAGAUAAACUACACUGCAAAGCAACUUCUUUUCUCUCUAUUUCUCUCUAAAUUUGCCAACGCACAUUAACAUCAGAAUAUAUCAUAGCUAUUCACAUUACUGCAUAAUGGAAAUUUCUUACUCAAUAUAAAAUGUUCCUUCCUUGUCAUCCAGCCAUUUUACCAACCUGAAAGACAUGGCACUGAAAGAAUGUCACAUUUUCUCAUUGUUUUGCUAAACAAAUACCCAAACGAGUCCAGUGGGAUGAAUUCCACAUGGUUCAGUAACCCUUCAAAAUAUGUUUCAAAAGGUUUCUAUUUUGCAGAAACAGAAACAAUGAUCUGCAAGGUAAAAUGAUUGUUUUUGUCAAUGGAGUCUGGUGGUGAGCAAUAGAGAUAUAUGUUUCUGGUUAAACUAAAAUCUUACUCUUAAACUAUAAAAUGGAUCUCUGUAGUGAGGUGUUCACUUUUUGUUGCUGAUGUUUAGUUGUCCUACUGUGGAAGCGGACAUUAAAGUAGAUCAAGUAACAUAGAUGAAGUUGUCCCCGUGCUCUUGCUUUACCAACGACCCAAAGGUAGUUUGAAUACAGUAAAUAUCAAGUUUAUAGUUAACACUAAGAGUAACCAGCGUUACAAUAUAGUUAGAAUAACAAUCAACAAGCCUGUCAGUAGCAAAAACAAGCACUUUUAGUGGACAUACUUUAAAGAUUUGUCCCCAAGGAUUACGUUGCCGCCUUGCAAUAUUGUCACAUCUAACAAACUAGCAUUGGUGAUUGUUGGAAAUUGUGGAAAGACGAACAAAGGUUUUGGUGAGUUUUAUUUUGUUUGUAUCCAGUGGACUGUUUUCUAUGGUAAAAUUAUUGGUUUUGUCAAUGGAGUCUGGGGCAGUAGUAACCAUUUGUUAGUUCUGAGCUGCUGGUGUUGUAGUGCAACUUGUAGUAGCAGUACGUUUUGCACAUAUAGGCUUUAAGCAAGUUCAGUAAUCUGAACCUAACCCUGAUAUUGACAUGAUUUUAUUCAAUUUAAAGGAUACACUCCAGCAUUUUGUUGCAGCACCCAGUGACUUUACUGCGACGAACCGUUGAGCUCAAGCUUUCAACCGUCUCAUGGUCCUCUUCCCAAAAGCCAAGAAUUAACUUCCAUGCUCCAAUUUCCUACAGUUACAGGCUAUAAUAUGAUCCUUUUUGUCAUUUGACAAAAUCAUUUGGGACCACUUUCACAACAAGACUAACCACUAGUCUAUUUGUAGUAAUAAGAAGGAUUUAGUUCUACUGUUGUACUUAUAACUGCACACUGCAGAAUUACAUAUGGAAUCUGGUAUGAAGGAUGUUUUGAGUGAUCUGGGGAUCACGCUGUGUAUUUUUUGGUUGGUGGGAUCAUUAGUGCAAACCAUUAGGCUUCAUCAGUGGUGGUUAGUCCUUCUGAGUGAGUCAGGGCCCAGCUCACGGCUGUCUCCUCUCUCAGUAGCGUUUUAAUUCUGCUCACAAAUAUUUGGCUUUCUUCCCCGACACUGUUAUUCAGUUGUGCCAAAGAAAGAUAUGGAAAGUGUACUUUUAUUUUUGACUCCAAUUUGCUAUUGCAGUGCUUUUUCAGUGUGUUUUAUUUUAUUUGACAUGCUUUUCUGCAGUUGCUGUAAUGUUAUUUUACUGGUUAUGGGAUGCUGUGAUGUUUGUUCAGGAUUGUCUAAGGAGAGUUCAGCAUGGCAGUCAUACACCACUUUCUCACCAUUGGUGUUGUUUUAACAAGAAAAUGAAUAAACUGAUUGACUAUUAA